AUGGCUUAUCUCUUUGGACUGGCAACAGUCGCGAGCGUCGGAAUCGCCACCGUCAUCUUCGAUUUCACUCGCACGCCCUUCCGCAAUGUUCCGCGUCCUUCUGAGAAAAGGCGCCUCAAGAUCUUCGAUCUCUCCGCUGAUACUUAUGACUCCAGAGAAAACUUCUUCGAGUGGAUAACCAGAAUUAAGUACCAGCGGAAAAAAGUCUUCUCUAAGGCCAGAGGGCGCGUGCUCGAGAUUGGCGCCGGAACAGGCCGCAACCUGGAAGUUCUCAACGCAGCUCCGGGCGUGACGAGUCUGACGUGUAUCGACACCAGUGGGCCGAUGUGCGAGGUGCUGGCAAGCAAAAUUGAUGAAGUGAAGCCGCCGUUCCCCGUUCAAGUUAUCCAAGGCGACGCAGCUGAUCUGCCGUUCGAGGACAAAACGUUCGACUCUGUCAUUUCGUCUUUCGCUGUCUGUGCUGUGGAGCAUCCGGAGCGAACAGUGGAAGAGACAAGACGAGUGCUAAAGGAGGGAGGCAGAUUUAUGCUUUUGGAGCGAGGCCUGCCAGCCAACAGUUUCGUCAGGUGGCUUAUGAAGAAAUAUGAUAUUUAUCCCAAUCCAAAUGUCGCUUGGGAACUCGGCAUUUUCGAGGACCUCGACGUCGGGCAAGUGCUGACUCAGGGGAAGUUUCACCUCGUGGGGUCUUCCCCUUCCAAGAUAUUAACCUUGCAUGCUCUUUCGGCGCGGCGAGGAUGUUCCGUUGGAGACCGGAAACUGUCUUCUGGUUCCCGGCUUGGGCUCCCGGAACUGACUGACAAAAACGCUCGAGUGGUUUUUCGGUACACUCCCGAGAAAGGUGACGGCGCAGCGGAAUGA